GACAGGUACCACUUCAGAAGGCUUACGUAAAACUUUGAGCACAAUUUCCACCCCUCGAAAUUCAAGGCUCCGGUGCUGAAUGCCCGAAAUAGCAGCUCAGAUCGCACCCCUCGUCUGCCCAGAGUGCACCGAGGCCGUUUGAACGCGCCUCCGGACCUCCGCAAGGGUUCUUCGGCAGGUCUAGGGCUGCGAUGCCCGAAGUGACGUCAGCCGCGGGCCAGGAGCCCCUCCAGAUCAGCUGGCAUAGCAACAACUGCGUCGCAAAUUCGCAGCUCUCGUCGACGAUUUCGGGCCGAAUUUUCGAGACUGUCGACGGACAGUGCGUUGCCUUCGACAGCCCGGAGGCGGACGGCGACGGAGGCGGCGCCAAGGGUGGAUGGGAGCGCGGGGGCGGCCUCUUCUCGUGCACAUCUGAGCCAAGGACGAGCAUGUCGGCCGAGUCACCAGCACGCAGGCGGCCCCAGGAGGGUCUCAGGGUGCGGCCACAGUCAGUCAGCGACAAGACCAUCCUCGAGAGCGUCGCUGGUUUCAUAAACGAGGUCGUGCCCCAGGGGUACAUGACUGGACAGCUGGUCGAUGGGAAAGAUGCCAUCCUGUGGGCCCGUUUUGAGACCAUGGACGCCAACGACCCUCACCUCUUGGGAGAGGUUGGGGUCGGAGGUCCCCCGCUGCUGCUGGUGCUCGGCUAUGCUGUCGGAGUGCAGGUGUGGCUGGUGCCGAGCUCGGGGGAGGCGACAGAGGUGCUUGCCUGGCGACAGGGGGUGGUUCGCACCCUCCGUCUGCUGCCGUCACCGGAGCCCCGCCUCCCCCACGAAGGUCACCUGGCCAAGAAGAGGCCGCUGGUUGCCCUGUGCGACAGCGCUGGCUCCGGACCGCAAUUCAGCUCGGUCAGCUUCGUUUCAUUAAAGGACGGAGAGCAGGUAAAGAGCAUCAAGUUCAAACACGCUGUCAAUGACAUCUUGGUGAGCCGUGUCUGCAUCGCUGUGACCUUUCCGGAGCGAGUGGCUGUUUUCGACGCCGCCCGUCUUGAGGAGUCUUUCAGCGUCACCACCUGCUUUUCCUCCCCUGGACUCAACCCCAACCCCGUUGCUCUGGGUGCUCGCUGGCUUGCGUUCGCCGACCGCCGUCUCCUGCCUUCUGUCCGCUCGUCCGGAGGCGUCGAACUCGAAGGGGUGCCCUCUUACACGGCCACAGUGCUGCAGGCUGCAAAAACCUUAGGGAAGGGCAUCAGAGAAGUGGCUUCGAGUCUGACAGGUCAAAAGGUGGCCCAGGCCGCACCUGCGCCGGACGCAAGUACGCCUGGGGUGGUGACCGUCCUGGACGUGGCCAAGGGUGGGCAGGACCCUGAGGAGGCUGUUGUGGCUCAUUUUGUGGCCCACGCAGCUCCCAUCGUGCAUCUGGCCUUUGAUCCCUCUGGAAGCCUCCUGUUGACCGCUGACAAGCACGGACACGACUUCCACGUCUUCCAGCUACAUCCCCAUCCAUGUGGAAGCUCCCUUGGUGCUGUUCACCAUCUCUAUGUUCUGCACAGGGGAGACACAACAGCCAAAGUGCAGGAUGCCAUCUUUUCGACUGACAGCCGUUAUUGCGCUGUGAGCACCCUGAGAGGCACCACACAUGUGUUUGCUGUGAACCCGUAUGGUGGAAAUCCAUCUAUGCGCACCCACGGAUCCAGCGUUGUGGUCAACAGACUCAGCCGAUUCCAUCGAAGUGCUGGUCUGGACGACCCUCUGCCAUGUCCCAACCCCCGCCUGCCACCAUAUCCAAGACCAACGGUUCUCUUUCCCCUGGUUCAACUUCGUCAACCUUUGGCGGCCUCUGCAGCCAAUCCUGCCAUACAAAGCAGUCAACGACCUGGACUGGGCCGCACUUCGUCCGACGACGGUCUGCCUCUUCGUGUAGCUGCCACCUUUGCUGGGCCAAGGGCUUGGCUGGCUGGACCUGGUGGAUUGCUAGGAAGGGAGAGGGAAAAGAGACGACCUGCCGAGGCUCUGUUUGUUGCUGCGUGCCAUGGAAACUUGAUUGAAUAUCACUUGGAGCCGAGGCCUCUUCCUGGAAAGGAGAAGAUCGGAGACGAAGCCUCCAUUGAGCUUGCUGUUGCUGCCAAGGCUCAGUGGGCUUUGCUUCGCCAGCCAGGAAGCCAUGAAAUUCAGCCCCCUCUUAAUUCGGACAACCCUCUGCUCUUCAGCGGAAACCUGAACAAAACUGCUAGGCAAAACAAGGAAAACAAUGACACGUGGCUAUCCCAGGUUGAAAUUGUUACCCACGCUGGUCCCCAUCGUCGCCUUUGGAUGGGCCCUCAGUUCACCUUCAAAAUGUAUACAACCACAAAAGGCCCUAAUGGCACAAUUGAGCGCGAAACAAUGGAUGUGGGCACCAGCGGCAGGCCGGCUAGGUCACAUCCAGUCAACAUGCCAAGCAGUGGAAUUGUGCCGGUGCUAAUAGAAUCUGGUUCUUGCAACAGUUACGAUCAGUCGCCUAGGUUGAUGGACAUGUAUGGGGAGACGGAAGGAGAGGGUGUUGCAGGAGAGUCUCAACUUCGAGAGGAUCUGGCAGACGCGAUGCUUGAGAGUCCUGCUGGAGCACCGAUUAAAGACCCAGGACGCCAAAGUGCUGGCCGCUGCCCGUCCGUGGAGGAACUGAUGCCUCGGGUUCUGAUCACAGUCGCGGCUACUCUGCAGUCGCCGGACGCCAACAGAGCACCCAGUCCUGCAGUUGAGGAGGAGCAGUUCGAGGAGGCUCUUCCUGGCCGCGAAUCGCCACCGCUAGAGGAGCUGGAGGAGGUGCAAAUUUUGGCAGAACCUUUCGAGGAGGUGGAGGAGCCUCCGUUCGAGGAACCUGUCAAAGUGGACCUGCUACCCGCAGAGCCCUUUGAAGAGGUCCCUUCUAUCAUGGAGGAGGCUCCCCCCACUGUCGAGGUUAUUGCCGAGUUGCCUGAUGAAAAUCAGGAACCUCCUCGCGGCAUCCUGAACAACAACAGCAACAAGUCCAAGGGCAAGAAGGCCAAGAAGAAGAAGAAAUAACGCUUUGUGUUUGGUAGCCUAAUAAUGUGGGCCGUUGAGGCCCACUGGACCAACUUUGUUUGAAUAGGGUGUGCGCUUUUGCCUUCUGUUUUGUGCUGGCCAUUUAUAAUUUAUAUAAUGCAGUAACAUACAUUAACAAACUUAUGUUAAACCGCAAUAUUUUCUUUUGUUGAGGAAGUCAUUUUUAUUUUCAUUUUUAAUUUUUAAUUUACAAUUCAGCUGAAUCUUUUCAGAGGAGUUUUUUUUUAUCAUUUACUCUGCCAAUUUUUUUGGUAUUUUAGUACUCAAGACGCAGACCUUACGGUUUGUGGAGAACAACGCUUAAGGGUUUUAAUUUGAAUUAAUGUCUCUUAUAUUGUGAUUAACUUUUAACGCUAACAUUAAAAUUGCAUAUAUAUUACUUUUACAUUUACGUCACUUAACUUUGAGCACCUCAUUUAUUUAAGUGUAAUUGACUAGACAAUGGCCAGCACUUGAUAUGUGAGCUAUACUAUAAUCUCUCUUCACAAAGUUAAGUGAGAAAAUUGCCAAAAAAAAAAGUAUUAAAAAGUGAAGAAAUGACGGCAGCACUGCUGACCACCAGACUGUGAAACAAUUUUGAGACGAACGCCCUCAAAUUGACUGAAUCCAAACCUAUCUUUCACAUAAACGAUCAUUUUUGUUAUCAACGCCCAAAAAUUUACACUACCACAAAAUUGCUCUUUCGUCAAUGUUAACCACUUUUAAAUUGCAGUCCACAGUAAUAUAUAUUAUAGAUCAAAUGGUGCCAUGUGCCGUUCAAAAUUUGCACAGUGCCAACACCAACAUUUUCUGAAAACCUGUACACACAAAAAGUAAUAAAAUGACGAGGCUGCAAUGUUUUAUCGGAAUUGGAAAGAGCAAUGUUAGUAAUUGUUUUAUCUCUCUGAUCUCGAGCAUUUUUGGGCGUUUUAAACUGGCCCUCGAAGCUACAUGGAUUUUAAUUUAUUAAUUUAUUUGUUCACUGCCCGGUGCCUGUCAAAUAAAAAAUCUUAAUAUUACCAUUUUAUUGUUUGCUAGUGGAUAAGUGUAGCUUUUACACACACGAUGUAUGAUUUUACCCCUUAAUGUACUUCUCUUUGGUGCAUAUAUAUGCGACACAAAAAUAGCCAUUGUAUGUACUCUCUAAUAUACACCUGUUAACCACACAGCUUUAUCAGCGAGUAAAAGAAAGGCGUAACUAAAAGAGUGGCAAUGCAGACACCAUAAUGUCCGUUUCUCAAUGUCAAAGUAAUUAUAUUAAAGUACUUUAGAUGUUAAUGCUCAAAAAUUAGUAUGUCGUCUGCUAGUUUAGCGGUUUUUCGUGCCUGCAUUCUCAAGCUUCUAGUUGUUGCUCUGUUUUGAAAAACAGUAAUUUAAGACUGACAUAGUUCAACCAAUAAAAUUAAAUCAAUAUGCCACUCACCACUUUUAAUUGUUAAUUGUUGCCUUGACCAGUUGUGGAAAGUAAUUUUUGUCAGUGUGCGACUCUCAGCACUCCGAAAUGUCGUGUGUCCAGUAUGUAAAAAAAAGAAUCAAUUAUAUAAGCCAAGCACUCAUGGAAAUUUAAUCUGACAUUGCGUGUAUGUAUAACCAGACAAAUAUUUAUUGACUCUCGCUAAUGACUUUAUUUAUUGUUCACAGAAUAAAGAGAUGGUUAUUUUAAUUGCAACUAAA